CCUGGCGGGGGGGUUGAUGGCAGCUCUGUCCCUUUCCCAGCACACCCACUACCCCCAGUUUGCCAGCCGGGAGUUUUCGGGGCGCACGCGCCGGGGCCCCUUUGGGGACGCGCUGGCCGAGUUCGAUGGCUCCGUGGGACAGAUCCUGCAGGCGCUGCGGGAGCACGGCCUGGACAACUCCACUCUGCUGUUCUUCACCUCUGACAACGGCCCCUCCACUCUGCGCAUGGCACGCGGUGGCAGCGCCGGCCACCUCAAGUGUGGCAAGGGCACGACCUACGAGGGUGGCAUGAGGGAGCCGGCCGUGGCUUAUUGGCCGGGCAGGAUCGCGCCAGGAGUGACCCACGAGCUGGGCAGUACCCUGGACAUCCUGCCCACCCUGAGUGCCCUGGCUGGAGCCGCCCUUCCCAAGGUGGCCCUGGAUGGCUUCGACCUGAGCCCGCUGCUCUUUGGCUCGGGGAAGAGCCCUCGCCAGGCCGUGUUCUUCUACCCCCCAUCCCCCGACCCCCUGCACGGCCCCUUCGCCGUCCGCCUGGGCAAGUACAAGGCUCAUUUCUUCACCCAAGAAAAUUGUUUUUAA